AACUGUCAUGGCGCCUUCAAGAAGAGGGAGAAGACCUUCCUUUCGCCCAGCGGAAUCAUCGGGGACACCUAAAGUGGACAGAGGGGUGGACGGACAGAUGAGCUCCAGUUGAGACCGAAAAUAUUGAAACCUCGGAGAGGUGUCGGCCGGACAAGCUCAAGGGGAGGAGACCCACUUGAAAAACGAUCCCAGACAGCGAUCGCCUAUCCGAGGCACCGCCCACUCCCACCCUUGUCCAAUGGAAACCCAAUGGCAAUGCGGCACCGCCCAUCUGUUGGUCCGGACGCCAAGAGGGCGGGGCUCAUAGUUCGGUUGCGCUGCGGAGCGCAGCUGUGAGGGAGUCUCUCGGAUCUGCGGCCCCGGAACCCGAACUGGAGCUGAAGCGCAGACUCCAGGAAGCCGAGUCGGGAGUGCAGGCCUGAGUGUUCGUUCCAGCAUGUCGGAGGGCGAGUCCCAGACAGUACUCAGCAGUGGCUCUGACCCAAAGGUAGAAUCUUCAUCCUCAGCUCCUGGCCUGACGUCAGUGUCACCUCCUGUGACUUCCACAACCUCCGCUGCUUCCCCAGAGGAAGAAGAAGAAAGUGAAGAUGAGUCUGAAAUCUUGGAAGAGUCACCCUGUGGGCGCUGGCAGAAGAGGCGAGAAGAGGUGAAUCAGCGGAAUGUACCAGGUAUUGACAGUGCAUACCUGGCCAUGGAUACAGAGGAAGGUGUAGAAGUUGUGUGGAAUGAGGUACAGUUCUCUGAGCGCAAGAACUACAAACUGCAGGAGGAAAAGGUCCGUGCCGUGUUUGAUAAUCUGAUUCAGUUGGAACAUCUCAACAUUGUUAAGUUUCACAAGUAUUGGGCUGACAUUAAAGAGAACAAGGCCAGGGUCAUUUUUAUCACAGAAUACAUGUCAUCUGGCAGUCUUAAGCAAUUUUUGAAGAAGACCAAAAAGAACCACAAGACUAUGAAUGAAAAGGCUUGGAAGCGCUGGUGUACACAAAUCCUCUCUGCCCUAAGCUACCUGCAUUCCUGUGACCCCCCCAUCAUCCAUGGGAACCUGACCUGUGACACCAUCUUCAUCCAGCACAACGGACUCAUCAAGAUUGGCUCUGUGGCUCCUGACACUAUCAACAAUCAUGUGAAGACUUGUCGGGAAGAGCAGAAGAAUCUACACUUCUUUGCACCAGAGUAUGGAGAAGUCACUAAUGUGACAACAGCAGUGGAUAUCUACUCCUUUGGCAUGUGUGCACUAGAGAUGGCAGUGCUGGAGAUUCAGGGCAAUGGAGAGUCCUCAUAUGUGCCACAGGAAGCCAUCAGCAGUGCCAUCCAGCUUCUGGAAGACCCAUUACAGAGGGAGUUCAUUCAAAAGUGCCUGCAGUCUGAGCCUGCUCGCAGACCAACAGCUAGAGAACUUCUGUUCCACCCAGCACUGUUUGAAGUGCCCUCGCUCAAACUUCUUGCUGCCCACUGCAUUGUGGGACACCAACACAUGAUCCCAGAGAAUGCACUGGAAGAGAUCACCAAAAACAUGGAUACCAGUGCUGUACUGGCUGAAAUCCCUGCAGGACCAGGAAGAGAACCAGUUCAGACUUUGUACUCUCAGUCACCAGCUCUGGAAUUGGAUAAAUUCCUUGAAGAUGUCAGGAAUGGGAUCUAUCCCCUCACAGCCUUUGGGCUACCUCGGCCCCAGCAGCCACAGCAGGAGGAAGUGACAUCACCUGUGGUUCCUCCAUCUGUCAAGACUCCAACACCUGAACCAGCUGAGGUGGAGACCCGAAAGGUGGUGCUGAUGCAAUGCAACAUUGAGUCAGUGGAAGAGGGAGUCAAACACCACCUAACGCUUCUGCUGAAGCUGGAGGACAAACUGAACCGGCACCUGAGCUGUGACCUGAUGCCAAAUGAGAACAUCCCUGAGUUGGCAGCUGAGCUGGUGCAGCUGGGCUUCAUUAGUGAGGCUGACCAGAGCCGGCUGACUUCUCUGCUAGAGGAGACCCUGAACAAGUUCAAUUUUGCCAGGAACAGCACCCUCAACUCAGCUGCUGUCACCGUCUCCUCUUAGAGCUUACUCGGGCCAGGCCCCAAUCUGAGCUGUGGCUGUCACUAGACGUGCUGCAGCCUUCCUGCCCCUUCCCCCAGUCAGUAUUACCCUGUGAAGCUCCUUCUCUCCUUUAUGAUUUAGGAGGGCUUUGGGGCUCCCUGGAUCUGAGCAUCACCCUACCCCUUCCCCUUCUUUUCCUCCCCUCUGCACUUUGUUUACUUGUUUUGCACAGACGUGGGCCUGGGCCUUCUCAGCAGCCGCCUUCUAGUUGGGGGCUAGUAGCUGAUCUGCCGGCUCCUGCCCAGCCUGUGUGGAAAGGAGGCCCAUGGGCGCUGGGGGAGCUGAAAUCUACAAUCCCGCUGGGGCGGAGGGGGCGGGAGAGAAGGGUGGUGCUGCAGUGGUGGCCCAGGGGGGCCAUUCAAUUCGCCUCAGUUGCUGCUGUAAUAAAAGUCUACUUUUUGCUAAAA